GAUUGAAUCGAAUCGAAUCAUUCCUGAUCUUCCUCCCCUUCUCUGACACCAUGUGUUUGUGGAUACAACGGCGAAGAAUCAAUCAAAGAAUCAAAGAAUCGAAUCAAAGAUGAUGUCCUCGAUGCUAAGGAGAUGCUUGUUGGCGGCGUUUGCCCUGAUCACAGGUGGAGCUGCCUUUGUCUCCCGUCCAAACCCCACAAGUAGAGACUACCGUGUACCGGUACUUUUUGCCAGCAGCAAGGCGUUGGAUGUGGUGCGAGAACGACAAACGCGGCUGGCAUUGGUAGAAGCACAGCUAUCUCUGAAAAAGGGAGCCUCGUUGCAGGAGAUUCUUGUGGUGGGACAAUUGAGGCUUUCCAUCAAUACUACCAGUACUAGUAGCAACACGGAUCGCUAUCGAAGUUGUGUGGUGCUGUCUACUACUCGAGAGGAACAAAAACUCGACACGGAUGAAGUCAUUCCAGCCGUGCUCUUGCCAUUGACCAGCCCAGCACAACUCAAGCUCUUGUCUUUUGCCAAGGCAUCCCGGCCACUGAGUAAAUCUGUCUUGUUGGGCUUGAAUGCCUUGUUGGUCAAUCGAGAUGGUGCUCUUUUCGACAAUCUGCCCUGGAGUCUGUGGAGUGUGGACCCACAAGAAAGGAACUACGAUGCGGCAAAGAAUCCCAUUGACGCCAAGUUCCACUUGGGCAAGCGAGAUGCCUACAAUCGUCUCAUGGGCAAGGAUUGGCAAGGACGGAGUUUAUCCAUUGGGAACAUGGCCUUGCGGUUAAAGUAUAUGCUGGAACGAGAGCAAGACGACGAGGAGGACCAGGAACAAACUGCCGAAUCAGUCCAAGAAGCAACCUCCAAAUUUUCCUUGGCACAACGCAUACUGGAGGUUCAAAUCAGAGAACUCGAAAUGGAUCUAGCAGAAUGGGACUAUCAGUUGGCCGUGGCCAGGAACAAUCAACCAGACCAAGUGGAAGAAGUAGAGCAGGAGCGUCAGUCCUGUCAGACGCAACUGGAUGAGAAUCGUGAAAAGCUCAAGGCUUUGUUGGAACCAGUAGAGCUGGCUGAUGAAGCGUCAACUCCGACGGGCAUAAUUAUCUCUAUUUUGAAUGAAGUGGCAGACUGGACCACUGACUAUGGGAAGAACAAGGCCCCCUACAGAGGUGCCAUGGGAUAUGCACCCAUGCUGGAUACCAUGGAUGACAUUGAAGGUAGCACACUGCCGUAUACGAGUCCUUAUGAUGUGCUCAAGGAAAUUUUAGAUGAUCAGUUGAAUUGUGAGGUGAUAGGAGCGGUCCUGGAGAACAGCAGUCUGUUGGAAGGAACCUUGGCACUGGAAGGGGCUCUCAUUCUGCGCCGCAAGACAGCUCAAAAGACAAUCAAUCUGGCCGGGGAGGAACUCAUUGUCAACGAUCAAGAGGAAGAUUUUGGAAAUCAGGGAGGCAAGGGAGGGGAAACCAUGCUGGUAGAAUGUGAUGGCGACGAGGCGCUGGCCAUGGCCUUGACAUGCAAAGUUCCCAUUCAUUUGGAGCCUGGCAUUUGGGAUCGAGCCAAUGUUCUCGUGUCGCAGCUGAAAACGGAAAAAGAAGCCACUCAUAUCAAAGAUGUGCUUCCUCUGUGGAAAGCUCGAAACCCUGAGCUGACCGUACGAAAUGAAGGUGACGCCCAGACCAAGGAAACAGAAGAAACAUCUUCUCCCAUUCGAAUUCCUCGAACGACCACGUCGUUGUUCGAUUCCAUCUUCGAACCCACACCUGAGAAUGCUCCUUCUGGCCUGUUCCCGACUGACAACCCCAUCCAAUCCUUGGACCAAUACGAUGAACUCAACAACGAGGGCAAGGCACGGACGCUCAUGACAAUCAGCAACUUUAAUGGUAAACUACCAAGACCCCGAGUGUUGAGAAAAGAGGAAGCAACCAGAAGAGGCAUGAACACUCUGGAUGACUUGCUGGUGCCACUGAUUGAUGAAUCCGCCCGAAGGCAGUACCUCAUGAGAGAUGCGGAGCUUCGUGGUGAUACGGAGACACUCGAACAGCUCCGAAAUGAAAAGACAAAGCGCCAAAUUGCAAAGGAAAAUGCGGAAGUAGCACGAGCCGUAGGAGAUGAUGACGCAACAGAGCGGUGGGAAGCGGAAGCAGAGCUCUAUGGGGACUUGCGUGCAGACGUUACCCAAGACGAAGGUGCCUACAGUCGCUUCCUGGACCGGGACGAGUGGUAUGAACGCAGCCGACGAGCCCAAGCAAAGAAACUGGACAAGAAGAAGUUUGGAACUCUAUUGGAUGGAAUCGAAUAGGAGUUCAGCGAAUGCCAUGCCGCAAGCAAGCAGAAGACCACCUACAAAUCACAAAGAAUAUCUGCACAGCUUGAGCUUAGAAAUGUUGCUUUCAUUGACCUGGAAAGUGAGCUUCCUUCUCGCUUGGAACCAUGUCAGCGAUCUUCCCCAUUCCUUUCAUAAAACAUUCAACCUCACAGAAAGGUUUAUUCACACACUUUGAGUAGGUCCUCGCCAGUGUUGUGUCUUCUUAAAAGCUUCAGCUUUAGUCCCUGA